UUGGCUUCCCACGCUACUACUGCUCCUCCUAUCACAUCGAUUCAUCGGUGUCUCCCGCCUGCUGCGUGCUAGCUCCUCCAGACCGCCCCAAGUUGCACAUCCUACUUGUCUCGACUUGUUCCUCCUAUUGAGUUGUUACAUAGGCCGUGUGUACUUUUGAUAUCUUCUUGUUGCAGCCAGGCAGAUGAGCUCGUACAUGGACCAGCAGCAGCCGCGUCCGCCGCCACCGUCCGGAGACCAUGCCGCUCAUCCGCUCACCUGGGCGCGCUUCGUCGAGAAGGAGAACGUCUGGGUCCUGCUCGUCGAAGCCGACAAGACAACCAGGCUGGCCAUCACUGACCUGCUUCGUGUCUGCAACUACCAAGUCCUCGCUGCCGAAGAUGGGCGGCAGGCAUGGGCGUUCCUUCAGGUUCAGGGUAUCCACAAUAACAUCGACCUUGUUCUCACCGAGGCCGAUCUGUCUGGGAUUGAACUGCUCGAUAGGGUCAUGGACCACGGUGUCUGCAAGCACAUCCCAAUCAUCGUGAUGUCUAAUUGCGAUUCGCUGGGCACGGUCUUCAGUUGCUUGUCCAAAGGUGCCGUCCACUUCUUGAAGAAGCCGAUACGUCAGCAAGAGGUUAAGAGCCUUUGGCAGCAUAUCUGGAAACGCUUCAACAGCGCGCAGAGCUCAUGGACAAAGCGUGCUGUGGUGAUCGACGGUCCACAGGCCAUGGCUCCAGAUCACUCAACCGAACACCUUGAUAGCACUUGUGCGCUUGUGAUCCACCCGAACAGCACAAGAUGGGUACCAGAUACUGCGGACCUAAUUGGUUUGAUGGCUAAAAGCAUGGACGUCCAACAGGCAGCAAGAGCCAAAGAUGCUCCUAAUUGCUCCUCCAAAUUAGUGCCAUGGCUUGAGUUGAGUUUGAAGAGGCCGAGAUCAACUGGAUAUUAUGCAAAUGCAAUCCAGGUGGCAACGAGGAAUGUCUUAGGACGAACAAAUAUCUCAGCAAUUACGAGGAUUUUCUCAACGUACAACAAUUCGUCUGCUGUUUCCAAUCAAGGCGGAGCUGGAUUCACGGAGAGCUUUUUGCCGCAUGGUAAUAGCUCCGAGGUUGCGAAAACGGACAGUCCUUACAACAUGAAGUCAAGCUCUGACGCUGGUCUGAUGAAGCAAGGUAAAGAUAUGAACCACAAUAUGCCAUCGCUUGAGUAGAGCUCCAAAACGCCAAGGUCAACUGGAGAUGCAAUCCAGGAGGAACAAAGGAACCUCUUAACACAAUCAGUCAAUCAGAUCUAUCGGCACUCACGAGGUGUAAAAAUAAUAUAUCAGUGUGCUUGAUGAAUUCCACUACUAGAAAAGUGAUUUUUAACGAUGGUAUAUGUGGUCGUUAAAUGUUCAAUGUGGUCAUUAAAAGUCAUUAACGACCUGCAGUCGUUAGUUGUUCUUA